CCCGCCGCGGCCGCUCAGCGCGGUGGCCCCGGCCGCCACCGGAGGGUCCUUCGGAGGAGAGUGAUGGGUCCUGCUGGAGAGAGCUUUCUGGUGGCACAGCUGUGAGUGAAACCAGCACAACAUGUUCAGCGUCGAAGACCUCCUGAUUUCUCACGGAUACAAAUUGUCCAAAAAACCCCCUGUUUCCUAUGAGAACAGAUAUGAUGGAUACCGGCGUGAAACCGCAGGGAACAGAUCUGCUCAGAGAACGCUGAACGGGUUUGAGGCAGAGCUGAGAGCUGGGGCUUACGGCAAGAAACCUCUGGUGAAAACCAGCUCGAGCAGCACUGAGAGCAGCCAUGGGAGCCAAGGGAGGCACUCGGGUCCUGGUUACCACCAUGACCAUCAGGGUUUGUCCACUUUUCAUACUUCAGAAGGGGGGGGUUAUGAGAGGCCUCAAUUAGCAUGGUCUGCCCAGCCCAGGGCUGAGAAAGAGCUCGCCUACUGGAGAAGACGAGGACAGGACUUCAGUGUGCUCCUGGGCUGUUCCCAGAAAGCUGGUGUGGAAAUGAAAGGCCUGUCUGCAGCCCCGGGGACACCUCGGCAGCCCAAAGAGAGUCAGCUGAAGGUGGGGAUGGGCACAGGGUAUGUUAGAAGAAGUGGCUUGCAGGAGAGCUGCGAAGUGCCUGAUGACUGCAAAUGGCAAAGUCUGGGAAUGGAAAACUGGAACCAGCCAAAAAAGGUAGGGAGGCAAAUGUCCGAGGGUGACAGGGAGAAGCUGCUUCAAGAGUUGUAUUCACUGACCCUGGGAGACAAUGCACUGAGCACCCACAGCAAGGGGAAAUCACAGUCACUGCCAAGGGUCCUUUCACCCGAGAGCAUGAGGUGCGUGGAAAUGCCCUCCCUGACCAACAGUAACAACUCACUCAGCAUAACUAAAACCCCCUCCUAUCCCCCAAACAGACUGAGUGUGGAACCAACCAAGCACCACGAAACGGGAGGCCAUUUCCUUCCCCUGGUGAAACCCAAGUAUGGGAAACCUCUCAAGCCUCCAGCCUAUGAACUGCAGCGGCAGAGCAGGGCGCCUGCAGAAACUGCAGGUUUCCAGGACCACUACCAGAAAGAUGAACCCAUCUCCUACUUAGCCAAAGUUAAUGAGCCAAGGCAAGAUGCUUGCAUUCAAGACUCUGGUUUGGAGCCACCGGUCUACGUACCUCCUCCUUCUUACAAAUCCCCCCUUCACCAAAACGUGACCCCACAUCCCCUCAGCGAAGUGCCUAACGCCAACACGUAUGCCGGCAGCGGUCAGCAGGGUGCUGCAGAGCGGGCUGUCCCCUGCCAGCGACCAGCUGUAAAUACUUUCCAAUUGGAGGGCGACCCCUGCAAAGACAACCGCCUUCCUCACGGGAAGCAAAGCCAUGCACGGCGCCCUGCUGACUACCUGUGCUCUGUUCAGUACAUUCCCUUUGACGACCCUCGGAUACGACACAUUAAACUCAUGCCACCAGAAGGGCUGCAGGACAAUGCUAAACACGCCGACCGUGCACGGAGUCCCAGUUCUGGUGCUCUGCAAGAGAGAAAUCUUGAAGUACAGUACAACAGUGCCUUUUGGGAUGCGUCAAAUUUGCCCAGUUCUGCAAAGGGAGAGAGACCUUCGGACAGCUCCACCCAUAGCAGCAGAUGGUUGGCACCAUCCAUCCGAGAUCAGGAAACCUGUGCCUUGCCGGACCAAAGAGACAGUUGUAGCACAACUAAUCACAGCCCUUACGAUGAAGCCAGCACGGAGUACACGAAAGGCAAACGUUCUGUAAGACAUACACAUAUGGACAGCACCUGUGAGACCGUUACGAAAGUCAAGAAGUUUGAACCUGGAACUGGGAUGCAGAGCAAAAAGAGUUCAAAGAAAAAAAUGAAUGAAACUAUAUUUUGUUUGGUCUCUAUCCCAGUUAAAUCAGAAUCCAAUCUGCCAGAUACAGAUAGGAACAACAACAUAACCCAGAGCCCUGAUAAGAAUGGGUUUGAUAACAAUGGAGCUUUGCAAGAACAAAGUCUCUUAAGUAUGUCUUCAACGGACUUGGAGUUACAAGCGCUUACAGGAAGCAUGACCAAUAAAAAUGAGUUACAAAAACAAGAGCUGUGGAGACCAGAAGAGUUCAAACAAAUGAAUGACCUCAGAUUUAUUCAGCCUCCGAAACACAGAGAGCUCAAAUACUCUGGCUCCUGGCCAGGUGAUCAGUACAAAGACCAACAGACACAGACGAAUUUUGCUGAAGAACCUAAAAGCCCACAAUUUUUCCAUGGUACAAAGCCUGGGCAGCCUACUAGUAACAGACUGCUGUCUCCAAAGCUCCUGGGAUGUACAGCAUCCACGGCAGGGUCAAACCAGGCAGAGUUGCCUUCUGAUGAGAGAAGCUGCAGGCAGAGCACUUAUGGCAUGAAGGGUCAGAUGUACCUCAACCAGUCUAGCAACAGUGCAUUUUCCAGGACUGCCACCUCAGUCCUUCAGUCCCCCUCUCCAAAACCCCACCAGAGCCAGCCCAUGCCUGCCCAUGAGAGGGAAACUGGCUUUCUUUCCAAGGGAGAUGUAGUUAAGGGAGAAGCAGGCACUCUCUGCAAGAGGAAGGAGCUAUUUGGGCAGUUCCUGUUGAAGCCUGUAAGUCGCCGUCCCUGGGAUGCAAUAAGUGAGCUAGAAAGUUUUAAUAAGGAGCUGCAAGAGCAGGAGGAGAGUACAAGCAGUGAAGAAGACUUGGAAAGUGCUGCUGCUUCUCCGCUGGCUGGUGCCCUUACACAGAGGAGGGCAUCCAGAAAUGAGAAGUCAAUCCAGGAGCCAAAACACAGCGGGAAGAUGGAAAUGGGUGUGCCAGAGGUGCCUGUAUUUAAGUCAGGAAGAGUUAAAAGUAAGUCUGAAAGUUGGAGCAUUGGAAAGGAGCAUGGUGGUGAGCCAGGCUGCGUUGGCUCUCGAGGCUCCUGGCAGCCAGGAGGGAGCAGUGAAGGGGUUGGGCCAGCAGAUGGAAGUCUGAUAACAGAAAUGAGGACAGGGGAAGCCAAGAGCAGAACAAGCAAGCAGCCAGUUGAUGUGGGCCCUCUUGAGACAGUUUUGUCCAGUAGUCCAAACAGUUUGUGUCACAGCAAUCCUUUCAAUAACCUUGCCUUGCAAGAGAUGAGUGAAGACCAGAAUUACCUAGAGUUUGUUAAACUGAACAAAGGUGCAACUCCCACAAAUGAUACAGCAUCAGAGAGAGGCCCAGAAGCAUACUCAUCGCUAACAAAGAGGAACCAAGGGCACUCUGAGCCAGAUUUGAGGUCAGUGGGACUUGAUGUAGUCCCAGGACCUGGUGCUAACAACUCUGAUCACUUUUCAAACGCAAACACAGUGGAAAUCCCAGUGAAUGAGUCAUUGCAGGCAAGAGCUGCAAGAAUUUUAGGUAUAGAUAUAGCAGUGGAGUCUCUCCUACCAGAUGAUCAGGUUGGAUGCCACCCAGGCUCUAGCCCUGCAAAUGGCACCCAGGACUCGCAGUCGUCAGUGGGAAGCACAGUAAGUGACAAAGAAAGAAGAAAAGAGGAUUCUUAUGAAGGCAGACGGAAGUGUGGCUGGACAGAGAGCGCUCUCUUUGUCAGGGUGGGAGGCCGAUCUUCGCACCCCGCUGAGUGCCAGACCGCUUGCCAGGAAGCCAGCGCUAAAACGCUGCCAGCCGGGCAAGCUCCGGAACAGCCUGCGAGUGCCAGCCAAGGUGAGAACCAAAACGUGGUUUGCAAGUCAGCUGUGUAUCAGCACUCGGAAAAGAGAGUGAGAAGCACCUCGAAAGUGAUAGAGACGCUCCAAGGCAAGCUGACGUCCCCCCCCAGCCGCACUGCCAUGGACCGCUUGGUGCGGAUGAAGGAGGUGGACUCAGUGUCCCGGAUGAGGAGGCUGAGCAUUAAGAGCGCAGACUCGGGAGAGGAGGUGGAUGAGGAGAAGUUGUCGAGGGUACAAGAGGAGAGAGGAGGCAAACUGACAAGCUCAGGGGCUGUUUCCAAGCGUGUUAUCUCUCUCAGUGAAAAUGGAUAUUUAGGUGGAAUGGACAAGAAGAAGGUCGACAGAGAUUUUUCUUUAGAUACCUAUGAUCCCACCAAAGUCGAAAAGGUGUGAGAUGAAUGAAGACAACAGAGAGAUUUCUGCUCUGCUAAGAAUGUUUCACUGAUUUCUUUUUUCCUUCUGGGUGCUUUUUGUUUGUGUUUUGUUCCUUGACGCUUGGAAAUGGCCUCCGUUUGUGGUGUUCACGGUGUACAGAUAAUGCCUUUACCACACUGCCACUAGGAAUUAGCUAUUUGUAUCUGAAACUGUUGCAGAGACCACAGGAAAGAAAAAGAAAAGACUUCUGCAUUGGAACCACCUGGCUUUGUAGAGUUAAGACUUAAUACCUAUUGUUGGCAAAGAGGUUUGUUUUGCUGAGCCCUCUUUCAGUCUUCAGCAGGGAUGAUGAAAUGCAUGAAGCGAGGCUUUGGAGCUUUCUCUUUGGUGUAAAUGUGGGAGAUUAGUGGAGGGUUUGUUUGUUUAAAAAAAAGAAAACCAAACCAGAAUGUGAAUUUAUAAGCUAAACUUUGAAGUAUCUACAGUCUAAACUUUUUUUCACUGAAGGGACUUUUGGCCCUGAGUAGGGGCGUGGGGGUGGAGGGCACGUGAGAGAAACGGUAGCGAAGACUGACAGCGAAGUGAUUUCUGACUUCCAGAGCUUGAAUUCACUAGGAUUAAAUACUUACCUUGCCACCUAGAGAGAAGAAGAAAAGAAUCAAACCCAACAACAACCCCAAAGCUUUCUGGAAGAUGGAUGACUUUUGUAGUGCAGUGUACAGAACGUGUAAUUAUAGUAGCUGGCAAGUAGUGUUUCAAACCAAUGCAAAGUAUACCACUGGCUGUUUUGCACUCAGUAUUACCUAUUAUUUUUGUUGUUGUUUGGUUUUGUUUUGCUGUUUAGAAAUUCUUUAUAUGAAAGAGUAGUAGCUGGUUUAAGAUAGCCCAUUUUAACAAAGUAACUAUAUUUCUUGUUACAGAAUACUCUCUAUUUUUCUAUGAUGUAAACAAUUGCUAACAAGCAGCAAGUAUAAAGAAGUAUUGUUAUUAUUAUAAUUAUUAUUAUAAUUAUUAUUAUAUUUUAAGAAGACUUAUCCCUCUGAGUGAAGGUGCCCCAAGCUGAUCUCACUUGUAUACCUUAAUGCACACUCCAUAUUGCCACAUACUCAGUAGUGCUACCUUGUUUUUGCUCUGGAAAGAGCCGUCUGUGUAUGUAUGUACUGCAGGGUUCAUUUCUGGUUUUCCUCACUCAACCCUUGGAUCCUGCUUCUUGGAGCCACUCUCUGAAACACAGCUGAGAACUGUCUGGGCUAGUGUUGCUGCCACCACAUUCCACUACCAGAAAGUGGGUUUGGAUCUUUCUCCUGAUGUGUCUGAGUGGCUCAGAAAAACACCUGGGUUUUUUUUCCUCUUUUACUUUGUUGCUUUUUUUACAGGUUAUGGGUUUGGAUUCGGCCAGUGUAUAAAAAUAAACAAAAGUGAGUUUCAUUCUUCCCUGCAGUCAACUGAUGUCGCUGGGGAGGUUCAGGUGUCUUCUUGAUGGCAUUUAAACACAUGGCUCGAAGUGUAUUUUAUCUGCAAGCACAAAUGCAUGAACUGCAGAGCUCGUAACAAAGCCUGUGCAUUCUGCUCUCUGAUACUCGAUUAGCCUGCAUAGCAUCUGUGUCUUUAAACUCUCUACGUCCACUUCUGUGUGGUUUUUUGUUUGUAAGUACCUGCGUACUGACAUUCUUCUGAUGUUCAUGUACUUCACUGGUCUAUUCUACUGACCUUUUUAGGAGGCUUAGCAUAAUUUUUUUGGAUUUUUUUUUUUUUUAAAUCUUCUAAUUUCUUGUUUGUUUGUUUUUUUUUUCCCUAAGUCUGUAAUUUGGAAAGACGGAACGGGGGAGAAAAACCAAAACACUUUUGCUGGGUUUUGGCAGCAAGAACCCCUUGUCUGUAACACAUGCUUCUGUUACAUAUGGACUAUCUAAAAGCUUGUUUGAAAAGAAAAA